GAAGAGAUGGCGUCACGACUCCCAAACAGUCCGAGGUCGACAAAUGAGGAUUUUAUUCUGUCUUGCUGAAUAAAUGAUGUUUUUCAGGUAAUACAGCCUGAAAAAAGUCUUUGUGGGAAACUAUUUGGGCAGUAAAAUAUCCAUGACCAUUAUUUAGACAUGACUAAGAUUGAAAUAGUGACAAAAUGGAAAUCAUGGCUGCAAAUAUGCUAACUAGCUCCCCUGCUCUGGCUACGCUGCCACCAUCGCCAUGUUUGGAAGACCCCAGUCCCCCACUCGGGACAUUGGACAGUGAAGACUAUGUUUUUGUCGAGCCUCGACAUCCCAACAAGGUGCUGGAAGGCUUGAACAGCCUGAGGCUUAACAACGCCUUCUGCGAUGUGACGCUGUGCUGUGGGGGGCAGGAGUUCCCCUGUCAUCGCAUUGUUCUUGCCUCCUUCAGCUCCUACUUCCAGGCUAUGUUUUCCACUGACCUGAUGGAGUCACGGCAAGAACGAGUGGCCAUCAACGGCGUGGAGCCCCAGAUGAUCGGCAUGCUUGUCAGCUACGCCUACACUGCCGAGGUGGUGAUCUCCAAGGCCAACGUACAGGCCCUCCUGGCUGCAGCCAACCUGCUGGACGUCAUGGCAGUGCGCGAGGCCUGCUGCAGGUUCAUGGAGCGUCAGAUGGAUGAGAUCAACUGUGUGGGCAUCCACUGCUUUGCUGAGGCUCACUCGUGUAAAGAGCUGGAGCGUCGCAGCAUGGAGUACAUCCAGCAGCACUUCAGCACUGUGUGCAAACAGGAGGAGUUCCUGUCACUGUGUGCUGAUAAACUGACUGAGAUUAUCUCCAGUGAUCACCUCAACGUGCCACAGGAGGAGACAGUGUUUGAGGCAGCCAUGCUCUGGUUAGAGAAGUGUGCUACUCGCAGGCAGAGCUUUGAAAAGGUUCUUGAACACAUCCGGCUGCCUCUGAUCAGCCCCUAUUACAUCCACGACGUGAUUGAGUCUUUGGAUGUAGUGAAAGAGUCUCGGAAGUGCCAGGAGCUGAUCUCUGAAGCCAAGGACUACCUGCUGCUACAGGACCGCAGAGGAGAACUCUACAGCCCCAGAACCCGACCUCGCAGGGCCAUGGGCACAGCUGAGGUUAUAGUGACGGUGGGAGGAGAGGAUGAUAAGGUCGUGCUCAGGAGUGUGGAGAGCUUUGACCCCAUGACCAGCCAGUGGAAAAGCCUGGCUUGCCUUCCCUUUGCUGUGAGUAAGCACGGAUUGGUGGUGUCAGGUUCCAUGCUUUAUUUGGCUGGUGGUGAAUUCCCAGAUGGCUCGGCCAGCAGAGAGAUGUGGCGCUACGACCCCUGCUUUGACUCAUGGUUAGAGAUGGCUCCCAUGAAUGUAGCUAGAUCAGAACUAGGUCUAGUGAUGCUAGACGGAUACGUGUUUGCAGUGGGAGGCUGGGAGGGCCGCUCUCGCCUCGACUCAGUUGAGUGCUACAAUCCGCACACUAAUACGUGGCAGUUCAUGGAGUCGGUUAAAAUGGCUGUCACCAGUCCUGCUGUGGUUUCACUGGACGGACUGCUUUACGUCACAGGUGGUGCAGUUCUUGAAGAUGGAGAUGGAACCGAUCUUGCGCAGGUCUACAACCCUAAAACACAUGUAUGGACAGAAGUGGCCCCAAUGCAGAUUGCCCGCUCAGGGUCUGCAGCCUGCACUCUGAAGGGCAAAAUCUAUGUUAUAGGUGGAUGGCACGCCUCCACAGAGAACACAGAUAAAGUAGAAUGCUACGACCCGAAGAGCAACAAGUGGACUAUGUGCGCACCAAUGAAGGAGCGACGUUAUCGGCCCGGAGUGGCAGUUGUGGAUGGGAAAAUCUACGUGUUAGGAGGAGAGGAAGGCUGGGACAGGUACCAUGACACAAUUGAGCGGUACUGUGACGAGACUGACAGCUGGGAAAUUGUAGGCGAGAUGCCAACAAGUCGUAGCUGGCUAAGCUGUGUCUCUCUGCAGAUGAGGAAAGAAUCUCACGCUGCUGGACUCCCUGGCACCGUCACGGAGACCGAGUUUCCUGUGGACUGAUGGCAUCUGGUAAACCAUGUGCAUUAAGCCUCACACUCUGUGUGCCUGCCACACCCAGCAAACAUGGGCUGCGUGUGUGUGUGAGAGAAGGCCAUGAGAGGACUGCUGUUGAAGUGUUCGCUGGACGCAGUUUUCAGUCUGCCAAGGACACGCUAGCAGACUGACAGGUCUAAUGAAACUACUCAUGUGCCAAUAUUGUGGAGUCCAUUCGUUACUGUCGAUGGAUGAUUAUCAUGUGUAGCACAGUCUUGUGUACAUCCUCUCCCUGAAUGUGUGAAAACAUGUAUACAGGGUGCCCUGUGAGCUCUGAGCACCUGAUGCUCAUGAUGGUCAAAUAGUGAUGUGGUUUCUCCCCCCUCCCCCAACCGUCACGAUUGUGAAAUAUUUUUGUAUUGUAUUUUGGUGGGUUUUUUGUAUUUAAUAGGUUUCUGUGUUACACAUUGUAUAGAAGUGGGUUAUCUGUGUUAUUCAGCUGCCACUCUCUAGUACGGAUGAGAUGGUACAAAAAACGUUCAAAUCUAUUUCAAAUUUUCAAUCUAUUUAGUGAUAUGAAAGACAGUAUCACACAUUUUAUACCUAUACAGCAGACACAUUAGAUCAGGUGUGUAAAAGCCACUAAAAAUUGCACAAAUUUCACAAUGACUUUCCACAACUCACUGUUCUAAAUGAACACUUUAAGACACUAUGGGGCCAUAAUCACAAAAACUCUUAAGAAAAUGUAACUCUUACCUUGCUGUUUAAGGAAAAAAUGCAUGUAAAAUGGAUGUGAGUCCUACAUUUUUCAGUCUGAAUUUAAUGUACAAGGUGUUGUAGCAUUAAAGUGACAGUCCAGAA